CAUUUCUCUUCUCAUAUUCACAUACCAGAGACCAACUCUGUAGGAUUCACACUGAGUAAAUCUUCUAAUCUUCCAAAGGCUUUUUUUCUGGUUUGCUGGAGCAGUCAAGGAUGGGGUGGGGCUUUCAUUUGUGAAUAAAAGCUCUGCUUCGGUUUCCUCUGCACAGGAGAACAUGGCCAAGCGGGUUGCAAUUGUGGGAGCUGGGGUCAGUGGCCUGGCCUCCAUCAAGUGCUGCCUGGAGGAAGGACUGGAGCCCACUUGCUUUGAGAGGAGCGACGACCUUGGGGGGCUGUGGAGAUUCACCGAGCAUGUUGAAGAAGGCAGAGCCAGCCUUUACAAGUCGGUGGUGUCCAACAGCUGCAAGGAGAUGUCUUGCUAUGCAGACUUUCCAUUUCCAGAAGAUUACCCAAACUACAUCCCAAAUUCUCUAUUCCUGGAAUAUCUUAAAAUGUAUGCAGACCGGUUCAACCUUGUCAAGUGCAUUCAAUUCAAGACCAAAGUCUGCAGUAUAACAAAGCGCCCAGAUUUUACUGUCUCUGGCCAAUGGGAUGUGGUCACUCUUCGUGAAGGGAAACAAGAGUCAGCUGUCUUUGAUGCUGUUAUGAUUUGCACUGGUUUUCUUACUAACCCAAAUUUGCCCCUGGACUGUUUCCCAGGUAUAAAUAACUUCAAAGGACAAUACUUUCAUAGCCGACAGUAUAAGCAUCCUGAUAUAUUUAAGGACAAGAGAGUCCUUGUAGUUGGAAUGGGUAACUCUGGCACAGACAUUGCUGUGGAAGCCAGCCACCAGGCAAAAAAGGUGUUCCUCAGCACUACCGGAGGGGCAUGGGUGAUCAGCCGAGUCUAUGAUUCAGGAUAUCCAUGGGACAUGGUGUUCAUGACACGAUUUCAGAACAUGUUCAGAAAUGCUCUUCCAACUCCAAUUGUGUGUUGGCUGCUGGGAAAAAAGAUGAACAGUUGGUUCAACCAUGAAAAUUAUGGCUUAAUUCCAGAAGACAGGGUUCAAUUGAGAGAGCCUGUGUUAAAUGAUGAGCUCCCGGGACGUAUCAUCACUGGGAAAGUGAUCAUCAAGCCAAAUAUAAAGAAAGUGAAGGAAAACUCAGUCAUAUUUAAUAACAUCCCAAAAGAAGAGCCCAUUGAUAUCAUUGUCUUUGCCACUGGAUACACAUUUUCUUUUCCCUUCCUUGACGAGUCCAUAGUGAAAGUUGAAGAUGGCCAGGCAUCUUUGUACAAGUAUAUUUUCCCCACUCAUCUGCAAAAGUCAACUCUAGCUUUUAUUGGAAUCAUCAAACCCUUGGGUUCCAUGAUACCCACAGGAGAAACGCAAGCUCGCUGGGCUGUUCGAGUUCUUAAAGGUGUGAAUACAUUACCACCACCCAGUGUCAUGCUAAAGGAAGUUAAUGCAAGGAAAGAAAACAAACCCAGUGGGUUUGGCUUGUGCUACUGUAAGGCUUUACAGUCAGAUUAUAUCCCAUACAUUGAUGAACUUCUGACCUACAUCGACGCAAAACCCAACCUGUUCUCCAUGCUCCUGACAGAUCCACGUCUUGCUUUGGCUAUGUUCUUUGGCCCGUGCUCACCGUACCAGUUCCGCCUGACUGGCACAGGGAAAUGGGAAGGAGCCAGAAAUGCCAUUCUGACCCAGUGGGACCGAACAUUCAAGGCCACCAAAACUCGAGUUAUACAAGAAUCUUCAUCUACCUAUUCAAACUUACUCAAACUCUUUAGCUUUCUGGCUUUGCUCAUGGCCAUUUUCCUGAUUUUUCUAUAAGUGAAUUAUUUACUAACUGGCACAGAAAAGAUUUAGGGUGCUC